CUCCCGAUUGCCGCGAUGUUGCGGAGGAGUUCUGUUACCUCCUUGUAUUCCAGAUUUGUACGUUCUUCUUCUUCUUCUUCUUCUUCUUCUUCUUCUCACAAUCUGAACAACCUUAAUCAUCUCUGCUCCACUUCUUCGAAUCCCAAUCUCUGCGCUUCAUCUGCACUUGAUCUAUCAGCUUCAGCGUCUAAAGUUACUGACCUCGUGUCCUUCACUCGCCACUAUGGAAGGUGCUAUUGGGAGCUUUCCAAAGCUCGUCUCAGCAUGCUUGUUGUUGCAACUUCGGGGACUGGAUUUGUCUUGGGGAGUGGUAGUGCUGUUGACCUUUCGGCACUUUCUUGGACUUGCUUGGGCACCAUGAUGGUUGCUGCAUCUGCUAACUCUUUGAAUCAGGUGUUUGAGAUCAAUAAUGAUGCGAAAAUGAAGAGAACAUGUCAAAGGCCACUACCCUCAGGACGCAUUUCCAUACCUCAUGCAGUCAGCUGGGCAUCUUCUGUUGGUUUAGCAGGCACAGCUCUGCUAGCAACGCAGGCUAAUAUGUUAGCUGCUGGGCUUGCUGCUUCCAACCUGAUACUGUAUGCCUUUGUAUAUACUCCAUUGAAACAGAUUCAUCCUGUAAAUACAUGGGUGGGGGCUGUUGUUGGUGCUAUUCCACCACUUUUGGGAUGGGCUGCUGCUUCUGGUGAUAUUUCAUUAAAUGGAUUGAUUCUUCCAGCUGCAUUGUAUUUUUGGCAGUUACCACAUUUUAUGGCCCUUGCCUAUAUGUGCCGAGAUGAUUAUGCUGCAGGAGGGUUUAGGAUGUACUCUCUUGCUGAUCCAACUGGGCGGAGAACAGCGUUGGUGGCUUUGAGGAACUCAAUAUAUCUAAUCCCUUUGGGGUUCUUGGCUUAUGAUUGGGGUGUGACUUCUGGAUGGUUUUGUCUUGAGUCCACUGUACUUACGCUUGCAAUAAGCGCUGCAGCAUUUUCAUUCUAUAGAGACCGCACUAAAGAAAAAGCUAGGAGAAUGUUCCAUGCCAGUCUUCUCUAUCUCCCUGUGUUUAUGUCUGGGCUUAUAAUUCACCGUCGUUCCGAUAACCAACAAUUCUUAGAAGACAAUGCUAAGGGUUUUGUGAGAUCUUCAUCCUCUGUGGACACUUUAGAACUGGAUGAUAAAAAUGAUAACCAGAAGAUCAAGGGCAGGCGUCCUUAUCAGACUCAAGCACGUCCACCUGUUGCAUAUGCUUCUAUUGCACCUUUUCCCUUUUUGCCUGCUCCUUCAUAUAACGCCCCUUGAUAUCUAUCAGGUGUUCAGCUAACAUUUUCUUAUGAAGUUUUGUUUGGUUGAUAUAUUCUUUGAAAAUGGUACUCUGAUUGGCUGUUUAAGCCGUAAAGUUGUUUUAUUUUCUGCGUUGAAAAUUGCAGAAGCAUCAGUAAUCUAAAAUAAAUCAUAUUUGUUUCUUGCA